AUGGUUAAAAAACAAGCCCCUAAAAAGAAUCCAUCCAAAAAAGACAAACAAGCACCGGCCGCUGACCCCAUCCCCCCCGUCGACCCCCAAAUCCUCAUCCAUCAGCAGCGCAUCCUCAAGCUCUUUUCAGAUGCCUUCAACCCCGUCCUCUCAUACGACGACUUCACAGCCCGCCUCCAAUCCAUAAAACAAGCCCUCUUCAACCGGGAAUUCGACGCCGCCUUUGGAACAGAGGAGAAUCUUCAGGCAUACGCUGCAAGAUGGAGUCCUACCAGAGCCCUCUGCUACUCGUCCAUCUUCCAAACCAUCGCCCACCACUUUGACGAGAUGGCCCUCUCAUCCCCUCCUCCUGCCAACAACAACGACGAUGGAAACAGCCCAGAACCAGCCAACAUCAAAACUUUAGGUUCAAACCCCCGCAAAUCAAUCAAAAUGCUCUGCAUCGGCGGCUGCGCAGCCGAACAAAUCGCCUUCGCCUCCCUCCUCCACCAAACAGACUCCUCCGGCCACCUCACUCUCCUAGACGCCGCCCCCUGGACACGCGUCGUCGCCCUUCUGCAAAAUCACAUCACUUCGCCGCCUCUCCUUUCCAAAUACGCCUCCGCAGCCAUCAAGGCCGCAAACACGCCUCUCCUCGAGCAAACCCAGCUCGAGACGACAUUCUCCCAAUGCGACAUCCUAGCUUUGGACAAGGAGGCGCUGUCUUCGCUGCUCGGCCGCGAUCCUCUCGCCGUAACGCUCAUGUUUACGUUGAACGAACUCUACACCAACGGAGGCAUCGGGAAAACGACAAAAUUCUUGAAGCUGCUCGGCGAGGUCAUGCCGGACGGGAGCAUGCUCCUUGUCGUGGACAGCCCGGGCAGUUACUCAGAAGCCGCCGUGGGGAAAGAACAGAAGCGAUACCCCAUGCAGUGGCUGCUUGAUCACACUCUUAUUGAUCCUCGUGCACCGUCUGCGGGCUACGAGUGGGAAAAGAUUGAGUCGCACGACUCGACAUGGUUCCGCUUACCAGAAGGCCUCUCUUACCCCAUUCAACUAGAAAACAUGCGUUACCAGAUGCAUCUAUAUCAGAGGAGGAGUACGUCCCCAACUCAAUGA